AGAAGCCCGACGAGGGCCGAGGGAACCAGCCGUCCCGUUUCCCCCCCGUCCCCGCCCUUCCCCGCCACCUCCAGAGGAGCGAGGACCACCGGGCUCCAUCCCCCCGAAGCUGCCGGAGGAAGGAUGAGGCCCCUGCUCUGCUGCCUGGGGCUGGCUGCUCUCCUGGGACCCUGCCUGGCCUGUCCCACCGCCUGCUCCUGCUCCACCAAGAAGAACGGGCGGCUGUUGGCCGAGUGCGCCUACAAAGAUCUCCAGGAGGUACCCGAGGGGUUGUCCUCCAACGUGACCAUCCUCACCUUGUCGGCCAACAGGAUUGGCUGGUUGGGGAAGGGCUCCUUUGCCGAGGUUCCCGAAGUGCAGUCGCUGUGGCUGGGUUACAACCAGAUUGGGGUGGUGGAAUCGGGGGCUUUUGCCUUGUUGGUGCACCUGAAGAACCUGGACCUGAGCCACAACAAGAUUGCGGAUUUCCCCUGGCAGGACCUCCGUAACCUCAGCGGUCUGCAGAUCCUGAAGAUGAACAACAACCGCCUGGCCGGGCUGCCCCGGGACGCUUUCCGCUCCUUGAAGGACCUGCGCUCCCUCUGGCUCAACGACAACGAGUUGACCACCCUGGCCGAGGGCACCUUUGAUAACCUGCCCUCCCUGUCCCAGCUGCAGAUCUUCAACAACCCCUUCAACUGCUCGUGCAAGGUCUUCUGGCUGAAGAAGUGGACUGAGAACACCUCCGUCUCCAUCACCAAGGGGGGUUCUACCCUGUGCGUGGCUCCCAGCAGGCUGAAGGGCAGGGCGGUGACAGACAUCCCUGACCACCACUGCGUUGCCCCCUCCGUGCAGCUCACCUACCUCUCCAACCUGGACAACACCGUCAUGUAUGAUGGCCUCACCCUGACACUGCACUGCAGCGUGGCGGGCAGCCCUCCACCGGAGAUCAGGUGGAAGAUCCAGACCUCCAGCCGCCGCGUCGAGAUCAAUGGGCCCAAUGUGGCGCGGGAUGGAAACGUCAAGCAGAGCCAAGAGCGCUUCUUGGUCUUCAAGAAUGGCACCAUGGCCAUCCCCAACUUCAGCAAGGAGGAUGAAGGCAUCUACACCUGCCUCGCUGUCAACGACGUGGGGACGCGGGAUGUCUCUGUCAACGUGGCCUUGGCUGGGUCGGAGAAUCCGGCUGAAGACCUGCUCCGAGAUGACCCCCAAGCCAGCCACCUUGGGGGUCAGAGCUGCUACAAGGGGGAUGAAAUGGAUCCCUCCGGUGCCGGAGAAAAGCUGGUCAUCAUUUACCACAUGCCAAGGGAGUCGAAGAGCAGGGCUGGAGGAGCGGGGCCCCAGGUCCACCUGGGAACCCUCCUGCUGGUUUUGGGCAUCGCGCUCUGCUGUUAAAGGGAGGAGGAAAUGGUGCCUUAGGGGGUUCCCCCUCUUUCUGUAGCAUUUAUCUUCACGUAGUGCCAUGCCUUUGCUGAGCUUCUGGCGGUCAGGAGUCAAAGGGGGCCAAGUCUCAGGCCCAGGGCUGGUAGUUCAACCCCUCCUUAGAUGGGGGUCAGGGCUGGGCUCUAUUAGUUGAGAGCUUUAAACAAGCUCGGGUGAUGUAGAGCAGAUCCUCACCGUGCUGCUGCUUUCCAGGUGUCCAAAUCUGCCACCUCCUGACUUAUGCCCCUCCUGAGACCAAAGCGCAGCUGCAGGAUUAAAGUCCACCCUCAACAGGGUGACCAUCACCCAUCCCCAGAGCCCACCACCACAAGCCCUCCUCCACCCACAGCAGUCAGCUGCGACCAGGGAGGGGAUCUCUCGCAAAGAGGAUCCUGUCGGUCCAGCGGCACCAAAGAUGACAUCCCCGCCACGGCCAGCGCCUGGGCCCUUGGCCGGCCAGCCACAUCCUUCCUACCACCAACCUCAUGUGAAGCACCAGGAGCAGGAUGACCAGUCCGAGAGAGGGGGAACAACCUGGGCACGGGGUCCCCGGGGGACAGAGAUACGAUGAGUACGGUAGGACACGUUGGAUGUGGCCACGGGCUUGGAUCGGGUCAUUUUUGUGGAGCAGGAGAAGCUUUUCCACAGGCUUCAUCCCUGCAGGAGCACAAAGGGCUCCUGCUGGCUGGGUGCUGGGAGCACCCAGGGUGCCUGCACCCUCCCUGCAUGUUGCAGGAUCAGGCCUUGCCACCCUCGGUACCUCUCCCAAACGUGACGCAGCUGAUUUCCACCCCCCCCCCCCCCCGCCCCUCUCCUUCCCUCUACACCACUGAAGCCUGCGGUCCAAAACGCUCGGCUGGGCUGGACCCACCGAGCUGCCCUACUCCGGCUCCGACCCCGGCAGGGAGGGAUUGAGCCCAAAAAGAGCAAAAUAAUUUCCCAGCUCUCCUCUCUGAUGGGAAACCGAGUGUGGGCUGUACGACGAAGCGGGAGGAAGAAAGAUUGGGAAAACCCAGAUGACAGAGAGAGAAACUGAACUGACCUAUAAGCCAUAAAUACACUCCUUAAGUGCUUUAGCAUUCCCACGCGGGACAUAUAUACCAUACCCGGCUGCCCCAGGGUGCAGGGGGACCCCUCGUCUCAUGGCGGGGGGCUGAGCAUCUCCAUCUCCCCCACCCCGAGGCACGGGCGGUCCGGCUCUCGUGCCUUCUGCCAGUCCUCGCCUGCGGGAGCUGGACGGACCCCUGCAACUACCUUUGCCUUGUAACCAAAACUGUACGGACAGCAAAGUCCCAAGCACAAUAAAUACCUUUUUUUUAAAAAAAAAAAAAAAAAAAAA